AGAUGUGGAGUGAGUGUGCGAAAAAACCCCGGCGCCCUUUUCUCUCCCCGGUUACCGAAUAUGACACAAUGUCUGCUGGUAUAAAAAGCUAGGGCCACUCCUAUCAAGGCUCCACUUGCAUGUCUGGAGACCACUCCGGUGCUCUGCAGCGAAUAAAGGGAGGAGGCUGCUAUUGGGAUCCUGCGCGCAUAUACGGGAGAUAGAGAGAGAGAAAGAGAGACAGAGGAGAGAGGAUGGCCACCCUGGUAGAAUCUGCAGAAAUGGAGACUUUAGGCGGCCAAAGCAACACCGGGGCGUCUCCGACAUCCUCAAGCCCCUCGCAGCACUUCAACGACAGCAAAUUUUACUUGUUGGUGGUUAUCGGGGAGAUCGUAACAGAGGAUCACCUGAAGUGUGCCAUUGCGGACAUAGAGAAAGGCAUCCGCUCAUGGGACACCAACCUCAUUGACUGCAAUCUGGAUCAGGAACUCAAGCUGUUUGUCUCCAGACACUCGGCUCGUUUCUCUGCAGAUGUCAGAGGGCAGAGAAUUCUUCACCAUAAAAGUAAUGUCCUGGAGACAGUGGUGCUUAUCAACCCUUCAGAUGAUGCAGUCAGUACUGAGGUUCGUUUGAUGAUCUCUGACACAGCCAGACACAAGCUUCUGGUUCUCUCAGGACAAUGCUCUGAAAACAGCGGGGAGCUGAUUCUUCAGUCUGGAUCUUUCUCUUUCUUCAACUUCAUAGACAUAUUCACUGACCAAGAGAUUGGUGAAUUGCUCAGCACUAUUCACCCGGCAAACAAAGCCAACCUCACACUCUCCUGCCCUGAACAUGGCGAGUGGAAAAACACCAACUUGGACAAACACAACCUGCAGGACUUCAUUAACAUGAAACUUAACUCCACUCUCAUACUCCCUGAAAUGGAAGGCCUCUCAGAGUUCACAGAGUAUUUAUCUGAAUCAGUAGAGAUCCCAUCUCCUUUUGACAUGUUAGAACCACCAACCUCAGGUGGAUUCCUCAAACUCUCCAAACCAUGCUGUUACAUUUUCCCUGCUGGUUGCGGUGACUCUGCUCUCUUUGCUGUCAACGGCUUCAACAUGCUUAUCAACGGUGGCUCAGACAGGAAGUCAUGCUUCUGGAAGCUGGUGAGACACCUGGACCGGGUUGACUCCAUCCUCAUGACCCACAUUGGUGACGACAACCUGCCAGGUAUCAAUAGCAUGCUGCAGAGGAAGGUUGCAGAACUUGAGGAGGAACAGUCGCAGGGAUCGACAGCUAACAGCGACUGGGUGAAGAACAUGAUUUCUCCAGAUAUUGGUAUUGUGUUUGUGAAUUUUCCUGAAAACCUGGAUAACCCAGAGCCUAACUACAGAGUGCGGAAGACUGUUGAGGAGGCAGCGUUCACUCAGCAGUUCCUCACCAAGCUAAACUUGAGGUUAGAGCCUUUGCAAAGGCCCGUUGGAAACACUAUAGAACCACUCAUACUUUUCCAGAAAAUGGGCGUUGGAAAGCUUGAGAUGUAUGUGCUUAAUCCAUCAAAGAACAGCAAGGAGAUGCAGCACUUUAUGAAGCAGUGGACAGGUAGUGAAAAAGACACUGCCUCCAUUCUGCUGCCAAAUGGAAAAGAAUCUGAGUUCCCCAUCUCUUACCUGACAUCUAUCUCUUCACUCAUUGUGUGGCACCCUGCAAAUCCCUCAGACAAGGUUGUGCGUGUUCUCUUUCCUGGAAAUGCCACCCAGCAUCACGUCUUUGAAGGUUUAGAAAAGCUAAAGCACUUGGACUUUCUGAAGCAGCCAGUUGUCACUCAAAAAACGAUGUCUUCUAAUAUGCCGUCAACGCCAACUCUAAAGCAAGCUAAGAUGAAACACAGAACAGACAGCAAAGAGAGCCUUAAGUCUACCCCAAAGCCAUCACCAAGCAAAAGCAUCAGGAAAGAUUCAAAGGAGGAAGCACCAGAAAAGGCAAAGGCAGAUGCAGAAGCAUCUCAUGAAAAAACACAAAAGACUGAGAAAAAAGAAAAGGCCCCGCUGAAAAAGGACAAGGCAAAGGCACCCGAGAAAGAAUCAAAAGCCAAGUCAGAGCAAACAGCCCAAAAUGAAACUCCAGAAAAAAAGAAGUCUGAAAUAAAACCCAAAGUUGAAAGGAUUGUUAAAAAGGAGACCAAAGUGUCUGUGGAAAAGAAAAAGGAAGCAAAGAAAGAAGUAGCAAAGAAAGAUGAUGCACCCAAGCAGGACAUUAAAAAGGAGGAAAAAGUAAAGAAAGAGGAGGCAAAGAAAGUUCUAAAAAAGGAUAUAAGAAGGGACUCGCCUAUGAAGGAGAAGAAGGAAGAAAAGAAAGAUGUCAAAAGGCCCUUGAAGGACAUAAAAAAGACAUCCGCUGCAGGUGAAGAAAAGAGUCUAGCACCAAAACCAAAGCCCCUGAAAAAAGACAGCGCUUCAAAGAAAGACGCAGGAGUCCCGUCAAAGUUAAAAGAGAAAGGAAAGCCAAAGGUGACAAAGAAGGAGACAAAGGUGGAUAGUGGCGAACUUGCAGCUAGUGCAGCAGCUGUUGUAGAUGAUCCAGAAGUAGUAAGAUCUCUGAUGUCCACACCAGAGGAUCUCACUAAGGACUUUGAGGAGCUUAGAGCUGAAGAGUUGGUGGAGGAUGAUGCGACUGUGCAACAAAUUAAGGAAGAAGAGCCUGUGAUGAUCCACCAUGAAGAAAUAAUACAAACCAAAGAGUCACCUGAGGCAUUAGAGUCUGUGGAUGAGGGUAUAACCACAACAGAGGCUGAAGGAGACAAUGGAGAGACACCAGAAGAACAAGUUCUUAAAGAAAAACUCAAUGGCAGCGUCAGUGAGAAGUUUGAAGAUGAAGGCACUGUAAUGGAGGAGACAUCAGAGGGAGGGGAUUAUGAAGAGAAGGGAGAGACAGAAGAAGUUUAUGAGCCACAGACAGUGGAACCAGAUAAAGAUAAGCUUACACCCAGUGAAGAUGAACACCAAGACAGAAAUGUUGAAGUCAAACCAGCAGAUAGUGUUCAAGGCAACGAUGAUAUAACUAAUAAAAAUGUAGAAGUUCCAUAUGUAUGUGAGGCAGAAACAAAGAAACAUAGUCUGUUUGUAUCAGCAUCACCCAAAGUGUCCUCACCUGUUUCCCCGGCUGCAUCUAUCCAUGACGAAAUGGUUCCAGCUGGCUUUGAGAGUUCAACGGCCUCGGAUGACGAGAACAGAGAUGAACCCCCUGAGGAUUACACCAUCACCUCUGGCCACACUCAGUCCACCAUGGAGAUAUCCAGUGUGCCUACUCCCAUGGAUGAGAUGUUGACUCCUAGGGACCUAAUGAGUGAUGAAAACACCAAUGAUGAGUCUCCUUCACCGGAUGUUGGCAAGUUUGGGACAUCAACAUCUGGGGAGUUUGAUAGGAAGAAACUGUCUCCACUUCAGGGUAUGGCAGUUUCGGAUCACACUCAGAGUGAUGCCACAGAAGGCCAGGACUACAGCCACUCCGCUUCCACGAUAUCUCCCCCAUCAUCACUGGAAGAGGAUAAAUUUGGUAAAGGGUUUCUCCCCACAGGGAAAGCUGAAGGAUUUUCAACAGCUCAAGAGCCAUGUGACAAGUUUGACAUAGAUUCAGCUAGACUCAGUUCAACUUCCACAACAACACCUCUUAUACGUUCUCCCUCAGUAGACCGCAAGGACCAGUUUGAUUCUCCAACAUUGUUUGCUGCUCCAAUAGAGCUGUCCACGACGCUGGCAGGCGCCAGGGCAACAGUGGAUCCCUCCCUCAGCCCAGAUGAUAAGACACUGGAAGGAGCUAACUCACCUCAGUCCUCUGGUCACACACCUUACUAUCAGUCACCAGUAGAUGAGAAAGCAGGUGCUCUACCACCUAUGUCAGAAGAUGAAGCACAGGGUCCGGUAAUUGUGGAGGUGACAAGUGAUAAAGAGGACACCUCCAAUAGAGUUACUCCAGAACCUAAUGGGCAAGAAACAGGAAGUUCCUCCCCUGUAGAGAGGGCAAUGUUCUCUCCAAAAAGCCCACCCCCAACUGACUCUGAUUCCCCAACGAAGAAGGACAAGUCAUUCUUUGAUAUAGAUCAUAAGAAAACUGGAGAUUCCAUUUUGUCCUCAGGACCAAUGACCAAACCUGAAUCAGACACUAAUCUUUUCACAGCUUUCAAGGAAGAGAGUAAAAUGUCAAUUUCAGAGGGCACCACAUCAGACAAAUCUGGAACUCCUCUGGAGGAGGUGGUAGCAGAAGAUACAUUUUCACAUUUAGCGUCAGCAUCCACCGCCUCGCUGGCCACCAGCUCAUUGCCGGAACCCACCACUGACUCUCCUUCCCUUCAUGCUGAAGUAGGCUCUCCUCACUCAACAGAAGUAGAUGACUCUUUGUCUGUCUCCGUGGUUCAGACCCCGACCACCUUCCAUGAGGCUGAGGGAUCUCCAUCCAAAGAAGACAGCCCAAGGCCCAUGUCUAUCUCUCCAGACAUCUCACCAAAGACAAAAAGCAGAACACAGGACACAAAAUCCCCAGAGCACUCCACCAUGUCAAUCGAGUUUGGCCAGGAGUCCCCUGACCACUCCUUAGCCCUGGACUUCAGUAAGCAAUCUCCGGAGCACCCAUCAGUGGGAAGCAGCUCACGUGCUACAGAGAAUGGCCCAACUGAGGUUGACUACAGUCCCUCAGAUGGAAAGAAUGGAAGACCAUCUGAAGACCGGGCUUCUCCAGUGGAGAAGCCUUUUCUUUCUGAAGAGAACGAUUCAGUCCUUGCAACCUCUGCAACCCCAUCAGAUGCAUCUCAGUCCACUCCCUCUGUUACAACCCCAUGCCAGAUGACAGAAAUACUUAAUGCCGUGGCUGAGCAGACAGAUAAGUCUCCAGUCACUCCAAAGGCAUCCUCUCUCACCCACUCACCCCAUUCCAAUGAGCCAUCCCCAGUGCUAGGAGGUCCUCCAGCUAAAGACAGUAUCAGCCCAGUUUCACCAUCUGUAGAGAGCAUUACUAAUAAAUCUGACACACAGCAGAAAUACGACAAGUCACCCUCACCUCCCAAAGCUGCUUCCCCAUCAUCGUCUUUUACCUUUUCAAAAGAAGAGACCAUUUCCCCAGCAAAGGAGACUAAUCCCUUUAAAUGUGAGGAUUCCACACCUGAGGCAAAAUCCCCUGUGAGCCCCAAAGUUCCCCUACCAUCAUAUCUACCUCUCUCCUCUGAUCCGUGUCAUUACAAUUCUGCUUGUGGCUCCAAGGACCCAGACUCCACCAAGAAGAGCCCCUCUGCUCCAUCUAAGACAGAUGUCGACCUCUGCCUAGUCACUUCAUGUGAGUAUCGUCACCCCAAGACAGAAUUGUCCCCAUCUUUCAUCAACCCCAACCCCCUAGAAUAUUUCAUCAAUGAAGAGAAUGUUAUGGAUGAGGAGAAGCCUCUGGCUAAGUCAGGAGGAGGGCCCCCACCUCCAGGAGGUAAGCUCUCCGUCAAGCAGUGUGAGGAGACCCCACCUACAUCCAUCAGUGAAUCUGCCCCCUCCCAGACUGAUUCAGAUGUUCCACCAGGGACGGAGGAGUGCCCUUCCAUUACAGCAGAUGCUAACAUUGAUUCUGAAGAUGACUCUGAGACUCUGCCCACUGACAGAACGCUGACCUACAGACAUGCUGAUCCUCCUCCGGUGGCACUCAGGGACUCUGCUCCAUCUUCAGGCCACCAUGAUGUCUGCAUGGUGGAUCCAGAAGCCCUCAAGGCUGAAGAAAACCUCCACAAUGCUAAUACAGAUGGGGGAGAAAAGGCCAAGAAGAAAAAGCUCUUGAAAAAGUCUUCCUCGCCAGCCAGGAAGAGUGCUCUAUCAAAAGUGAAAGACUCAAAGACUUCCUCUCCAAAGAAGAGUGUUGGAGAAGGGAAAGAUGCCAAAAAUGCAACCAAUACCUCUGCAUCCAGAGGUGUAAAAAGUGCCACAUCAGGUACUAACAGUGGAAAGGCAUCAGGUGGGGCAUCUCUGCCCAACUGUCCUCCCAUGUACAUGGAUUUGGUUUACAUCCCCAAUCACUGCAAUGCCAAGAAUGUGGAUGCUGAGUUCUUUAAGCGGGUGCGCUCCUCUUACUAUGUGGUCAGUGGCAAUGAUCAGACAGCUCAGGAGCCCAGCAGAGCUGUCCUUGAUGCUCUUCUCGAAGGAAAGGCCCAAUGGGGAAAUAAUAUGCAGGUCACUCUGAUUCCAACCCAUGACACUGACGUGAUGAGGGAGUGGUACCAGGAGACCCACGACAAGCAGCAAGAGCUCAACAUCAUGGUCCUGGCGAGCAGCAGCACUGUCGUCAUGCAGGAUGAAUCCUUUCCAGCUUGUAAGAUAGAGAUGUAGGCCUGUUCAGCAAGAGACUAGAAAGGCCUAGUAAGUGAUAACGAGAGGGAUCAUUAUCUGUGAAAGAAAUCCACGUAGCAUAAAACCUAAGCAGACACUUAAACACUUAUAUGCUAAAUUGCUACUUCUUGUGUACUUAACCCUGAAAAAAUAAAUAUCUGCAAUGAGGACUAACACCAAUACAAAUUAGCUUUGAGGGGCUCCAUGCAAAAGACAAUGUUUUCUAAAGUAAGACAUCCUUGACAUCCUCAAGAUGCUAUCUGAUUUUUUUGGCAUAAAUGGAUGGUGCUAGGAGAAAAUUGGAAGUCAAAACUAUUCAAGCCAUCAUUGUCCAAUU